CUGCAGGGGGCGCUCAGACAGCAGCUGUCCGCAGAGGAAGAGCGGCUGGUCUUCCACAGUUAACGGGCUGCGGGUUGGGUCCGGAACCGAACCGGUUAUUUUAUUUUUAUUUUCCAUUUGGUGAACAGGCGUCGUGUCCAUGGCUGCAGGUCGGCUGGUGGAGGUGUACCUGGACCUGCUGUCCCAGCCCUGCCGGGCUGUACUGAUCCUGCUCACCUGCAACAAGAUCCCGCACCGAGUCCACACCGUGGCUCUGAGGAGAGGAGAGAACAAGACUCCAGAGUUCACCAGGCUGAACCCCAUGCAGAAGGUUCCUGUCAUGGUGGACAACGGAUUCGUGCUCAGAGAGAGCGAUGCCAUCCUCAAGUACCUGGCCACCACCUUCGACGUCCCCGAGCACUGGUAUCCACGGCAACCAGAGCAACGUGCACGUGUGGACGAGUACACGGCCUGGCACCACAUGAACACACGAAUGAAAGCUGCUAAAGUCUUCAUCCUGGAGGUGCUGCUCCCCACGCAGUUUGGCACUCCGGCGGUGGACGAGGUGCGUCUGAAGCGUGCGCUGUCCGAGCUGGAGGACACGUUGGACAAACUGGAGUCCAUGUUCCUCGGCAGGCAGGCGUUCCUCUGUGGCGAUGACAUCACCGUGGCCGACCUGCUCGCCGCCUGUGAGCUCAUGCAGCCUCUGGGAGGGGGGCGGGACAUCCUGAAGGACCGCCCCCAGCUGCAGCGCUGGAUGAGCCGCGUCCGGUCGGCCGUUGGCGACUCGUUUGACGAAGCCCACGCCGUGCUGUACGGCGUCAGAGACCGUCGCCGGGCCAGGCUGUGAUGUCAGAGGGGGCGGAGCCUAUUCAUCAUCCUCAGAAUCGGAGAUGGAAACAAUGAGGAAACGAUGGUUCUCCUCACCUUGUUCCACAGAUUUUAUAUCAUUAAAUUUAAUCACUUUACGCACUUUAACAGUUUGUAACAAAAACCUGAAUAAAGCUGAUUUAGUUUCUCA